UCCCAAGAUCUCUCGUCCCCGACCCUGUCCUCUCCCCUGCCCCCCCCUGUGUCCAUCCCUCCUGUCCCCCCCCGACUGGACCUUCUGUCAACCAGAAACCCUGGCCUUCUCCCACCACAGGCCUCUGUAAAUUCAGGGCACCCCCCGGGAAGGAACCCCCCCCAGCGCCCCCCGGUGCCCCCCCGAUCACCGGCAUUGAGACAACGCCGCCUCUGCGCAGCAGACCUGCUCAACAGGAAAGCCAGCCUGCCGGUGCCAUUAGAGGCUGACGAUGCGCAGUAUGACAAUCGUGUGAACGUACUGAAGUCCAGUCUCUCAGUGCAAGGGCCUGCCCCGUCACGGGCCUGGACAUUGGAGGAGAGAUCGAGCAGCGAGGAGGAGGAGAAGGAGGAGGAGGAGGGGCAGGGGGGCGGCACCGAAACAAGCCCUGUGCUCGCCAUCCUCUCCUCUCUCAACAGCAGCAACCCCCGCAGGAACCUCGACUGGAGUAACAUAUUCCGCUCGGAGCAGCGGGGAUCCCACAAUGCACUGCAGCCUCCUCCGGUCAGCCACGAGUCAUCAGGGCGCACCAAAGCCCCUCCCACCCCCCAGGAUGGACCAAUGGUGACGCUGCUGCGGGAGGGCUACAGCCAACAGGAUGUGGAAAAGGCCCUGAGCAUCGCCCCCUCCGAUCUGGAGCUGGCCAGAGACAUCCUGAUAUCAUUCACAUCCCCUGGACACAAGAGGCUCUGAGAGAGGAGAGGAGAGGAGGAGAGGAGAGGGAGAGGAGAGGAG